AUGGACCACUUUAAAAGACGUCUGCUUAUCAUCAAGACUGACGACCGAUUCUCCGCUGGAAUCUUCAUACGAGGCCCCGUUUCUUGGAAUGAAGACCAGCUGGUGAACAAGGAAAUAGCCGUCUUUGCACUUACACCAACAGGAGGACAGAGCAUGUCGCUGUAUAAAAGCACUGUUGAUGGUUAUCGACUACGCUGCAGUCAUGGUCUACUCCAGUUGUUUAAUAAAAAUAUUGGGAAUACUUGGAUCUUCAUCAAUCGCGCACCAGCUGAUGCCGCAUACGAGCUUCAAGUCAGCAUUGCCCUUGACAAGAUUUCAUCUCGUGCGCAAAAACAUGUCGGAAGGAUCAACAGGACCCCAGUUGUUGAUGUCGAGAUACAUGUAGUAUCCAAUCAAGAUAGACUGGCACAGCAAAUAUUCGAUCUCAGGGUUGACAGGUAUGCUCCAUUCAAAUUCCACGCAUCGCUGAGACGGUUUUGGGGGUUCUCUAGCGUUGUCACAGAAGAAAGACUAAAAUCUGUCGCUGACCCAGCACCAUAUACUCGAAAAUCUCUUUCCAAUGUCGAAUGGAGUCAGUUACCUGAUCUGUGGAAGACGGUGUUCACCGCAGACGAAGAAAAGGCUAAGGCGGUGCUGACAGCAUUCGGAGUAGAUGAGCUCAAUGCCCUUAUGGAGUUCUCUCUACGCCACCACGCAGAAAUGCGUUCAUUUACCAUCUUUCGGGCAUUGCAGGGUAAUGCAUCUGUUGGGAUCGAUGAUAUAGCUCGGUGGCUGCUGCGCUAUCCCCAGCUUGUCUUUGUGGUGCUUCAUGCACAGCUAACAGGUGGUACAGACAUGCUGCCUCGACCUUUUGAUGGUAUCCGUCAGGUCAUCCUUGAUGCCGUUCUUUUAUUUGCAAAUGAAGGGCAUCAAGCAUGUCAAUUUGCUGUCGAAAAGCUCCAGCAGGACAUUUCUGCCAUAGACUUUGGCCAGUAUUCCAACACACUUUGGGCUACAUCCAUGGUCGUCCGCCACUCGGACUUGGUACAAGACCUCCUAGUCCUGUUGGAUAAUCAGCGAGCUGGGCGUAAUGCCACAGAACUCAACCAGUACACUCACACUCAAGCUCUACAAAUUGUCUCGGAGAGGGCAUACGAGGCAGCAGAACUUUGCAUCUGCAACGGACAAGGAUACCCAAUCCAGAAGCAACAGACUACACCCGUUCGAGUGAGCAUUCACCCCAAGUCAUCAAAUUUGGCAGCCUCUGCAAAGGAGGGGGGCGAAGGGGCAGACAUUUUGGCCGCUUCGUCGACCACGCCAGUGGUAGUGGCUGAAAUACGAGUCGACAAGCCAUCUUCUGCCAGAUUAUAUUCGCAUGUGCGCCUCCAACCCGCUUCAAAACCCGAGAAUCAGCCUGCCUCUUGGAAGGAGGAGAUCCUGGAUGGUAUCGUCAAAGGCUCAGGUCAAUAUCAGCUGGAGAUCGAACUGUUUCAUCACCCACCUCCCGAAUACGCAGAGAUGGAGUGGACUAUGUAUGACUGUGGGAGCACUGCGAAUGCUCGGGCCAAGCUGGAUGCGGUCGAACGGCUGCAGAUGGGAGCAAGCGAGGCACCAAUUUUCCAUCGCAUCAUCACAGGAGAUGCUUCCGGAUCCGAUGCUCCCCCAGUCAACUGUGCCCAGGGGAUGCCGGAAACGAACUGGGAUGGGUUCAAUACUAGUCAGAAACAAGCCGUCCAAGACUCGUACAAAUCCCACAUCAGCUUGAUUUGGGGCCCACCAGGCACAGGGAAGACGACGGUCGCCGUGAAGAUUCUUGAACUGCUGGUGCGAACGCUGGAGGACAGUGAGCGGAUACUGAUGACGGCCUCCACUCAUAACGCCGUUGACAACGUACUUGAACGAUUCGCUCGAGCAAACGAUAGUAAGGGCUGGAUAGCGGACGAUAUGAUAGUCCGAGCCGCGACCGACUAUGAAAAGGUCAAUGAAUCUGUCAAGAAGUAUACCAUAGAAGCAAUUCUUGGAGGCAACCCGACAGAGGAUCCCAAACUUAUCAAAAAGGCGGAGCAGAGAAUCAAAAAAGCAAAGCUCGUCUUUUCUACAUGUGCUGGCGCUGGUUUAGGAGCCCUUCGCAAGAUUCACUUUCGCGACGUGAUUAUUGACGAGGCGUCCCAAAUUACAGAAGCCGACGCGUUGGUCCCCUUGGUCAAAGGUUCCACUCGCGCGAUUCUGAUCGGAGAUCAUAUUCAGCUCAGGCCCAUUGUCCAGAACAUGCCCGAGAAGCUGCGGGCCGCCAUCAAACGGAGGAUUGACAUACUUGUUAGUGGAGGCUAUAGUGGCGAUCGACUAGAGUCACUUCUCUGCCUGCUAGAGAAGAAAUGGGAUAUGUCGCUCUUUGAGCGACUAUAUACUGGACCGAACCUGCAUGGUCUGAGCAGGUCUAUGCUCGAUAUUCAGUAUCGCUUCCCGGAACAUUUGGCGCGCUUUCCUUCUCAACAAUUCUACCAAGGCAAGCUAAAGACUGGAACCGAUAUACGAAAUCUGGACGAGAAGCUUGCAUCCACGUCGUUUCCGUGGCCACGGUCAAAGACUGGAAAGAUUAUACCAGAGGCCUUUGUCUCAUGUUCCGAGCCCGAAUAUUGUGACCGGCGGUCAUUUAUGAACGCUGGACAAGCCAAAGUCAUCGCGACCAUCGUUCGACUCCUCCGAUCACCCUCCGCUCACUCCGCGCCGCAAGAACCCACUUCCAUAGUGGUUUUGACACCAUAUCGAGGACAGCUGGACAAGUUGAAAGAGAAUGUGCCUCCCGACGUCAAAGUGAAUACGAUUGACGGGUUUCAAGGCAAAGAGGCCGACAUUGUCAUCUUCUCUACGGUUCGCUGCAACACCAGCAGGGUUAUUGGCUUUCUCGCAGACGAGCGUCGACUCAAUGUCGCGUGGACGCGAGCUCGACUGGGCCGCAUUAUCGUUGGUGAUUCGGAUACGCUACAAGGGGGUAGGGAGAAACUCUCUGAGGAUACGUCUCAGCCAGUUGUCAAUGGUCUCUGGAAAGCCGCGCUCCAGCACUGUCCAAGAGUCACUAUCCCCAAAUAA